AAUGCACUUGUCAUUACCUAAGAAGUACACACAGUCGUGUCGCUGUUUGACAAAUGCUCUGCUCUAACAGCGGCCCCCCUUCAUUUUCUAUUCUGCUGGUCUACUCGGUUUUAACGCUAUUUCUGCUUUCUGAUGAGAAGAUCUUUCCCUUUUCCUCACACUCCUGCAUGACCACUAGAUGGACCUCGUGCCUUAGAAACCACAGCUUCACCCUCGCGCCCAGCAGCGCUCUGCAGCUUUGCCUGUUAUUGAUACCAUAGUUCAGCUGAUGGCUGCCCAUCUUCUCCGAUCCAUGGCCCCGCGCGCAUCCAUGGCCCUGCUCCAAUGCAUUCGUACCCAUAAGUCCACAAGGCCACUUCUAGCACUGAUUCCACCUGCUACGCUAGGAACGUGCCGAAGUAAGAAGACAUGGCCCAAGACGUUCCCCGAGGAGGAGCUGAGGAAGCGACUGAGCCCCAUGCAGUACCAGGUUACUCAGCAAAAGGGCACAGAGAGUGCUUUCACGGGAAAAUACACCGAUAACAAAGAGGAAGGGACCUACCACUGCGUCGUUUGCGGUGCCCCUCUUUUCAUGUCUGAUAAGAAGUUUGACUCUGGAUCAGGAUGGCCGUCCUUUUUUGAUUUGAUCAAUAAGGAUUCCGUAACACUAACUGAUGACUUUUCAUACGGGAUGCACAGAGUGGAGGCAACAUGCAGUCAGUGUGGUGCUCACCUGGGCCACCUUUUUGAUGAUGGACCUCGACCAACAAAGAAACGCUACUGCAUAAACUCCUCUUCUCUCAAUUUCCAAGCGAAAAACAGUGUCUCUGAGGAGGUGGAAGCAUCUGGAGAAGCUGGUCAAUCACCACCUUCCAGUAAGAAUGAAGAACUUUAAGAAACUUUUCCAAAGUCACUCCUGAACCAUCAAUUCCAAAUCAAAUGAGCCGUGCAAUCAGACAACUAUAUACUUAGCAACAUUCAAGACCACAAUAUGCAAUAUCAAUAUCCAGAAAACAGAUUAGAAUGGCGUUACGUUUGCUCCUCAACUUCUUUACUUGAAUUUUGUUUUGUUUGAAGAGCUCACGUUGAAAUUUGCUCCGCUAAAAUGUUUUUAACACUUGUUGGAAAUUUUCAAUAAGGGCAAAAGGUCUGAGACUACAUUGGAAAUCUGCAUUUUUUUCCCCCUUUAAAUUCAUAUUUUUAAAGAUUGAGUAUUUUAAACAACUUUAAAACAAAA